AUGAGAGUUGACAGUUAUGUUAAUAACUUAAAAUACCAUGCAUUCUCAAUGGAUGGUGACUACAUUAUUGGGGGAGUUUUCUCCAUACACUACUACAUGCAUACAGUGAAGCACAACUACACCAGCAUGCCUGAGCCACUAAGGUGCACAGGAAGCAUUGACUCCCGUGAACUGCGCUUCUCACGCGCAAUGGUCUUCGCCAUCCAGGAGAUCAACAACAGCACGGAGCUGCUCCCAGGCAUUAGACUUGGUUACCAGAUCCACGACUCGUGUGCCUCAGUCCCCGUGGCGGUGCACGUGGCGUUCCAGCUUUCAAAUGGACAGGAUCCGGUGUUUAACAUCACCGCAACUGACUGCUCACAGUCAGGUGUGGUGAUGGCUAUAGUUGGUGAGUCUGGGUCCACGCCAUCCAUCAGCAUGUCGCACAUCACUGGGCCGUUUAACAUUCCUCAAGUGAGCCACUUUGCCACCUGUGCAUGUUUGUCCAAUAAGCAACAGUACCCGAGUUUUUUCAGAACAAUCCCAAGUGACCAGUUCCAGGCUGACGCUCUGGCCAAACUGGUAAAACACUUUGGCUGGACUUGGAUAGGUGCUGUCCGGUCUGAUUCGGACUAUGGAAAUAAUGGCAUGGCGUCUUUCCUGCACGCAGCAUACAAAGAGGGGAUCUGUGUGGAAUACUCCGAAUAUUUCUACCGGACCCACCCACACAGCAGGAUCCAGCGAGUGGCUGAUGUUAUCCGCAGGUCAACAGCUAUGGUUGUUGUGGCAUUUGUUGCUUCUGGAGACAUGAGGAUCCUGCUGGAGGAGCUGUCUCGCCAGCCCUUUCCACCUCACCAGUGGAUAGGCAGUGAGUCCUGGGUAACAGACCCAGACAUGCUGAGGUUCAGCUUCUGUGCUGGGGCAAUUGGAUUUGGCAUUCAGAAAUCUGUCAUCCCUGGUCUGAGAGACUUUCUGCUUGAUCUCUCCCCCACUGAAGUGGUUACCUCUCCACUACUUACUGAGUUUUGGGAGGAUGCUUUCAAAUGUCGGCUGGGGAAAAAUGAGCGUGUGUGUGAUGGAAGUGAAGACAUACAGGAGCUCCGGAUUGCAUACACUGACACAUCUCAGCUGCGAGUCACUAACAUGGUGUAUAAGGCUGUUUAUGCAAUAGCACAUGCCAUUCACAAUGCUGUGUGUCAGGAAACAAAUUCCACAAGUCACUGUGACAAAUUCACCAGGAUAGAGUCCACACAGGUUCUUACUCAGCUGAAGAAAGUCAAUUUUUCUCAAAAUGGUUAUCAUUUGUCAUUUGAUGCCAAUGGUGACCCUGUGGCUAUGUACGAGCUGGUUAACUGGCAGAAAAGUAAAAGUGGCAGCUUUGAGGUAGUGACAGUUGGGCAUUAUGAUGGAUCACUUCCAGUGGGCCAGGAGUUUAAUAUCAACAGGAACCUCACCUGGGUGGGGGAUAGCACACAAGUGCCUGUGUCAGUGUGCAGUGACAGCUGUCGUCCAGGAACUCGUAAAGUGCUGCAGAAAGGAAAACCGAUCUGUUGCUAUGAUUGUAUACCUUGUCCUGAAGGAGAGAUUAGCAAUGCUACAGACUCCCCUGGUUGUUUCCGUUGCCCUAAGGAGUUCUGGCCUAAUGCAGAAAGAGACACUUGUUUCCCCAAGCCUGUAGAGUUUCUUUCCUUUGAUGAGGUCCUGGGAAUCAUCCUGGCUGCAUUCUCAGUUGGCGGUGCCUCUCUGGCCAUCAUGACAGCAGCUGUGUUCUUUCAUAACAGGGCAUCUCCAAUUGUCAGGGCCAACAACUCUGAGCUGAGCUUCCUGCUGCUCUUUUCCCUGACUCUGUGUUUCUUAUGUGCAUUAACAUUUAUUGGGGCACCCUCUGAGUGGUCCUGCAUGCUGCGCCACACAGCGUUUGGGAUCACUUUUGUCCUCUGCAUCUCCUGCAUUCUGGGAAAAACUAUAGUGGUUUUAAUGGCCUUCAGAGCUACACUCCCAGGUAGUAAUGUCAUGAAAUGGUUUGGUCCCCCACAGCAAAGAAUGACCGUAGUGUCUUUCACAUUUAUUCAAGUUUUAAUAUGUACUAUUUGGUUGGUUCUUAGCCCCCCAUUUCCAAUGAAAAACUUAACCACAUACAAGGAGAGAAUCAUCCUGGAGUGUGCAUUAGGAUCAGCUAUUGGGUUCUGGGCUGUGCUUGGGUACAUAGGCCUACUGGCUACCUUUUGCUUUGUGUUAGCUGUCCUAGCACGGAAACUACCUGACAAUUUUAAUGAAGCCAAGCUUAUCACCUUCAGCAUGCUGAUAUUCUGUGCAGUCUGGAUAACCUUUAUACCAGCUUAUGUCAGCUCUCCUGGAAAGUUCACUGUGGCUGUUGAGAUAUUUGCCAUUCUGGCAUCCAGCUUUGGACUUAUACUGUGUAUAUUUGCUCCAAAGUGUUUUAUUAUAUUGUUUCAGCCAGAAAAGAACACCAAGAAACAUUUAAUGAACAAAAAUCAAUCCUAGGAUGUCAGAGGACUGCAGAUAGUUAAGAUGGCUAUAUACAAGGAGAGGGAAAGUAUAAGUUUUGAGGGAGGUGUGGUGGAAGAAGAAACUAUGGCAGAGAGGCUGACUGGUGUAAAGAUAGAGGGAGUAAGUGGUGAUAGUUCUAGUUUACCUCACUGUGUGAGACUGGGAGACAGUGAAGCUCUAGCCCUGCAGUCAGAAGGGGAUGUUGUGAUUGGAGGGCUGUUUCCUCUGCACUAUGUGGCCCCUGAGCCACAUCACAGCUACAACAGCAAACCACUGCUCACACCUUGCAGUGGCUUUGAUCACAGAGCCUUCCGUUGGAUGAUGACCAUGGUGUUUGCAGUGCAGGAAAUUAACCAAAAUUCAAGUUUGUUACCCGGUGUUAAAUUAGGUUACCUGAUCAUGGACAGUUGUGACCAUGUUCACACCAGCUUGCGAGCUCUUUUCUCUUUAGUCAGUCACUCCACAGCUGAAAAUGUAACAAAGGAGAGAAUAGGUACACAAUCUGAGACAUUGCCCUCAUGUCUGGCUGGUUCUCCUGUCCCUGCUGUGAUUGGCCUUGCAUCCUCUUCCCCUACAAGAGCUGUGGCUCACACUUUUGGCCCAUUCAAUAUCCCACUGGUGAGUUAUUUUGCCACUUGUACUUGUCUUACUGACAAGCAUGUGUACCCAUCAUUCUUGAGAACCGUGCCGAAUGAUCUCUUUCAAGUUAGAGGUCUUGUACAGCUGGUCACCUUCUUGGGCUGGCGCUGGGUGGGAACAAUAGGUACCACGGAUGACUACAGUCACUAUGGCAUUCAGGCAUUCUCUAAUCAGUUUAAACAACAAGGUGGGUGUCUGGAGUUUCAUCUGACCAUCUCCAAAUCACCCACAUUGGCUGAGAUACAAGAGAUGGCAGAUAGACUGCAGAGGUCAACGGCACAGAUAGUAGUGGUCUUUGCUACAGAGGGACAGCUAUUGGAGUUACUUUCAGAGGGCACACUGGGCUUCUCCUUCCCUGGAGUCUGGAUCCCUGGCUUAAAAGAGUUCUUGUUGAAUGUCCACCCUUCUCCAGAACCUGGUAUGGAAUUUGUCAACAUGUUCUGGGAAGAGCUGUUUGGCUGCAGACUACAGUUUUCAUUUGAUAAAAACUAUAAAAGUGCUGCUAAAAAGCCUGUAUGCACUGGUUCAGAGGAUCUAAGAUUUACUGAUAGCAGUUACACUGACAUUUCUCAAGUCAGAAUAUCCUAUAAUGUGUAUAAAGCUGUGUAUGCCAUUGCUCAUGCUCUGCACCGUUUAUUGAGCUGUGAUUCUAAAGGAAUGUGUGAGAAAAAGAAAUCAUUUUCUUCGAGGCAGUUGCUGCACCAUCUGAAGACAGUGAAUUUCACCACCCAGUUUGAGGAGAAGGUAUAUUUUGACUCCAGUGGAGAGCCAGUCCCUCUCUAUGACAUCAUUAACUGGCAGAAGGACAACAAUGAUGAAAUUAGAUUCAUCAAAGUGGGAAGCUAUGAUGGUUCAGCUCCUUUAGGACAACAGCUGCAGAUGAAUAAAAACACCAUUGUCUGGACAAAAGGACAAUCACAGGUGCCCGUAUCCCAGUGUAGUGCACCGUGCCAACCUGGCAGCAGGCAGGCCAGACGUCCAGGACAGCCUCACUGUUGUUUUGACUGUUUGCCCUGUGCUGAUGGAGAGAUCAGCAAUCAGACUGGUUCCACUGAGUGCACAAAAUGUCCUGAAUACUACUGGUCCGACAAAGACCAUAUUAAAUGCGUCGCUGGAGUAGAAGAAUUCCUGUCUUUCAACGACACUAUGGGCAUCAUACUGGUGGCACUCACAGUGCUGGGUGUCAUCCUGACAACAAUCAUCACUACUGUCUUUCACCAUUUCCGCUCCACACCCAUCGUCAAGGCCAACAACUCAGAAAUAAGUUUCUUGCUUCUCCUUUCACUCAAGCUCUGCUUCUUGUGUUCCCUUGUGUUCAUUGGUCAGCCUUCUGUGUGGACAUGUAGGCUGCGGCAGGCAGCCUUCGGUAUCAGUUUUGUCCUCUGUCUGUCCUGCCUCCUUGUUAAGACCAUUGUGGUUCUCUCAGCCUUUCGAGCCAAUGCACCUGGUUCCUGGGCUUUGAAGCUGUUUGGUCCAUCCCAACAGAGAAUUCUGAUCAUUUGCACUACAGCUCCUCAGGUUUGUCUCUGUACUGGUUGGCUGUUGGGUGCACCUCCAUUCCCAUUCAGGAACCCAACCUACCAAGCCUCGACUGGAAAAAUUGUUGUGGAGUGUAAGGAACCAUGGCCCCCUGGAUUUUACCUGGUCCUGGGUUACAUUGGCCUACUGGCCUUCCUCUGCCUCCUCCUGGCUUUCCUUGGACGCAAGCUACCUGAUACAUUCAAUGAGGCGAAGCUCAUCACCUUCAGUAUGCUAAUCUUCUGGGCUGUUUGGAUAUCUUUCAUCCCUGCUUAUGUCAGCUCUCCUGGGAAGUUCACUGUGGCUGUGGAAAUAUUUGCAAUUUUAGCCUCUAGUUUUGGACUUUUAUUGUGUAUUUUUGUUCCCAAAUGUUACAUAAUUUUACUGCGGCCAGAGAGAAACAUCAAAAAAGGCAUGACGGGGAAAUAUCCUAGGUAA